AUGGCGAUUGAAGAAACCGAACAACCCAGAUCUCAAGACUGUACGGUUAAAGUAUGGGAAACUACUCAAGGGAAGUUGAUUCGUGAAUUGAAGGGUCACAGGCAUUGGGUGAAUUCUCUAGCAUUAAGCACAGAGUACGUUAUUCGGACCGGUGCUUUUGAUCAUACACGUAAACAAUAUUCAUCUCCAGAAGAAAUGAAGAUGGCGGCUUUUGAAAGAUACAACAAAAUGAAGGGUAAUGCUCCCGAAAGGUUAGUUUCCGGUAGUGAUGAUUUCACCAUGUUUCUCUGGGAACCUUCUGUCAGCAAGCACCCAAAAACCCGAAUGACAGGUCAUCAACAGCUGGUAAAUCAUGUUUACUUUUCGCUUGAUGGGCAAUGGAUUGCAAGUGCUUCGUUUGACAAAUCUGUCAAGUUAUGGAAUGGAAUUACCGGGAUGUUUGUUGCUGCCUUUCGUGGUCACGUGGGGCCUGUUUAUCAGAUAUGUUGGUCUGCUGACAGCAGGCUUCUCUUGAGUGGUAGCAAGGACUCUACCUUGAAGGUUUGGGAUGUGAGGACACAGAAAUUGAAGCAAGACCUUCCUGGUCAUGAAGAUGAGGUUUUUGCUGUGGAUUGGAGUCCAGAUGGUGAGAAAGUUGCAUCGGGUGGUCGGGAUAGAGUUUUGAAGCUAUGGAUGGGUUAA